AAAUAAACAUAUAAAUUUAAGUAUUUGAUUUUAAUUCAUAUACAUUAUAUUCAUCAUCACCAAACAUCUCCAUACUAUGUCUAGCCGAAGGUCACGAUCGAGGCAAUCUGGACCAUCGAACAUGUCCGACGACCAAAUCAAUGAUCUGGUUUCCAAGUUGCAACAAGUUCUUCCCGAGCUUCGUAAUAGAUCUUCAGAUAAGGUAUCAGCAGCAAGGGUAUUGCAAGAGACAUGUAGUUACAUAAGGAGUUUACAUAGAGAGGUUGAUGGAUUAAGUGACAACUUGUCUCAGCUACUGGCUACCACAGACACUUCUCAAGCAGCAGUAAUUAGAAGCCUACUUAUGCAAUAAUAUAAUUGUGUUUUCAAUUUCCUUGUUUUGUUAUUAUUAUGUAUUUUCCUUUUUGCAUUUUUGUAUGCUAAGCUAGGGUUUUGCUUGUCAUUAAUUAGAAAAUUUAUCC